UCUACACGAAAGGAACAAGAGCUGGAGCGAUCGCAUUGAACCGGAAAUUCGAGAAUGGAGCAUCGUCUUUUUUCUCCUUUCAGAUAAAAGAGAUUUCAGAUGCAGUGAUGAGAACAGAAAACCUAAUUCAAUAACAUCAAAACAUGUACAUCAUUAAAGAGAAUGAAACUAGAGUAGAGAGAACAGUUGAUAGCACUCUUUUUGCUCGUCUCUCUUGGUUUCUUAUAAAAAAGGACAGCUGAUGCACAAGAUGGUGACUCCAACAGUGUGGACCUCACCCGACUACAGUUUAAAUAAUCAAACGACAGAAGAAAACAGAUCUACUGAAUUCAUAGACUCAGAGUUUCGUUACACUCUUUUCCCUGUGUUCUAUGGCCUGGUCUUUGUCUUUGGAUUGGCAGCCAACAUCUACGCACUUUAUGUACUGCACCAUAUGCGAGAAUCUAAAGCCAUGAAUGAGAUUCGUAUCUACAUGACCAACUUGACCGUUGCAGACCUGCUCUUUGUUUCUGCUCUGCCAUUCUGGAUUGGCUACUACGCGCAUCGCGGUGACUGGAAGUAUUCGGAUCCCAUCUGUCGCAUCGCGGGUUCCUUCUUCUUUAUUAAUAGUUACUGUUCUGUCCUCUUUCUUGCUGUUAUCAGCGUUAACCGUUAUUGGGCUGUUACCAAGCCACUGGUGGCUGCUUCCUCUGACUGUUGGAGACGUGGCGCUAUUAUCUCAGCAGCGGUCUGGGUCAUUACUCUUGCAGCUUCAGUUCAAUUCCUUAUUGAACCCGGGGUCCAGGAGGACAAAGGAAUCUUACGCUGCUUUGAGGGCUAUCAUAAUGUCAACAAUGAUACUAAAAACUCAGUUGCUGCAACCCAUUUCUUAAUUAUAGGCUUAUUUUUUCUCGUCUUUUCAUUGGUGAUUAUCUGCAAUAUUUCCAUCGCUCGAACUCUUCUGUCCCAACCCAUCAGUCAGCCCCGAGCUAGCACGGGGAGGCGACCCAGCGGCACCAAGCGGAGAGCUUUGAGGAUGCUUUGUGCUGUUGUGGGCGUGUUUGUGAUCUGUUUCCUGCCCCACCAUGUGGUUCAAGGUCCCUGGGUGCUGUCGGUGUUGAGGAUGAAGAAUUGGAGGAGGGAAACUCAUCAGCUGUUAAAUGAUGCCCACCAGAUCACGCUGAUGCUGAUGGGGUUUAACUGCAUUCUGGAUCCACUGGUGUAUUGCUUUGCCACCACAAAGUUUCGCAAAUACAUCAAGGGUCACUUAAAAAUGGUGAAGAAUAACAAAAACUGCUCACACAAUACGUUGAGCACGGCUAUCUCUCUGAAGAGCAGAAUCCUGAACGAGUAAUGAUCAGUGCCAAAACGCGAAAAGAUGAGGCAGGAAAUAUUUCCAGGGAAUAAAUGCACUCGCUUCAUGUCUAAUCAUUCAAUAUGUAAUUUAUUUUAUAAUUGAAAAUUUGGUACUGUUAGGAUUCUUCAAAUGAUUGACAUUUAAAAUUAAGUUAUCAAAAAACAGAUUGUAUCAAGAAUGAUUAUUCCAUGGAUAUGUUAAAGGAACAGUUUGCUGAGAAACAAAAUGUUGUCAUUGAUAUCUUACACUUGUCCGACCCCGCAAAACUGUUUUUGCGUUUUUUCAGGCUUGAAAGCUUCAGCACAGUAUUUUAUAUUUAUUGGAAGAAAGUCAUAUGGGUUUGAAAUUAAUAGGAAGUAACUCAACAAAUUUUAUUUUUGGUGUUUAUACUUGGUAUUGCUUUAUAUAGUUGUGUAUAUUAUUGUCACAUUAUUGUCAGAGAGACAGUUAUAUGAAGAAUAACAACAGGGAUUAAUGCCAGAAUCUUCAGAAUGAGGAAGACAAAUUUGAAAAGAGGAUGCGUCUGGUUGAUUUUAUGCAUGAUUCAGAGAAAGCCAUGAUUAUCAGUUCAUUCUCAGAAAAAAACCAAAUAUCUAGUUUGAGUCGCAUUGUAAAAAAGGCAUUACAUUUAAAUGUAUUUAAAAUCAGAUUUUCUGAAAAUCGGACACAAAACGAUCAAACACCUCAGAACUGUUUUACAAAAUGCCUAGUUUAUUGUUUGAUAUGAUAUAGUAAUACUGGCAUGAGUUAAAAAUAGUGCUAACUUUGUAAAAAAAAAAAAUUUGUGUAUAUAUAGGCUAACUGUAUGCAUAUAUUUGUGCCAUGCACUUGUUGCUGUGGAUUUCUUUUUAAACCUUUUUAGUGUAAAUCUCCAUUUUAUUUUGAAAUUAUUUUUUGUGUGAAAAGAAGAACUUGAACUGCACUCACCUAUCCACACCCAAAUACCAUUUCAAAAGACCAAAAUAUAUUUUUAUAUGCAACAACAGAGAUAUGUUUUAAAUGUUUUUAAAUAUUUUUUAUGGCAUCAUCGCUGUUUUCAUUAUGUUCCAAAUUUAAGUUCAGUGAUGGUCCUUUGAAUUGUGAAAUUAGGGUAUGUUGAAAAAUGUUCUAGAAACUUUAAAAACAUUUUAUCUUGCUUGUUUUUUAUUGUGAUGUUAUUUAGUACAGUAUGUUUUAUAUUUUUUUGUUUAUAUAUAUAUUUUUUUGUAUUUUUGUACAUUUAAUUAAUUUAACAUUUAAUCUAUAAACCUUGUGAAAACUAUGUAUUAUGUUAAAAAAUGAGACUUCAAAGUCACAUCUGUAAGGCAUAAUUGUUGUCAUUGCUCAUCUUGAUUCCUUUGAAGUAACACAUUUAAUAUAGAGUAGUGCUGCUAAUGGUUCGUUGUUUCUGCAUGAAGCAGGAAGUUUCGCAAGAAUGUGUUGCUAAUGAUAAGUUAUGCUUGCUUCCGAUCUACAUUGUGUGCAAAGUUCAGAGAAGUUAAUCGAAGGCUCUUUCUCAAGGAUGCUGUUAUAGGACACCCAUUAAAUUCAAUUAUCAUUCAAUUUCACAAGAGUUCAUUCAUCGAUCAUGUCAAUGUACAUUUAAACCAAUAAAUAUUACGCUAAAUGUU